GGCUGACUUUUACCGGUCGGUUGGACUGAUUUGUUGUAAAAUUGAAAUAUAAAAGUCAUUGUUACUUAAAUUGACUGAUCUUUUAUGUAGACGGUUUUCUGUGUUUAUCCUAUUAUAUAAUAAUUAUGGAAGCACUUAUUCCAGUUAUCAAUAAGUUGCAAGAUGUAUUUAACACAGUAGGAGCGGAUGCCAUUCAAUUACCACAAAUCAUAGUUUUAGGAACCCAGAGUUCUGGUAAGAGUUCUGUGAUUGAGAGCCUUGUGGGGAGGUCUUUUCUUCCUAGAGGUCCAGGUAUAGUUACUAGAAGACCUCUAAUCCUACAACUGGUGUAUAGCCCAAAAGACAGUAAGGAACAUCGCUCGGCAGAAGAAGGUACUAUCAAUUUAGAAGAAUGGGGCAAAUUCCUUCACACAAAAGACAAAAUCUACUCCGAUUUCGAUCAAAUAAGACAAGAAAUUGAAAGGGAAACAGAUCGCAUGGCUGGAAGCAACAAGGGCAUUUGUCCAGAGCCAAUAAACUUAAAAAUAUACUCUACCAGAGUAGUUAACCUUACACUUGUAGACCUUCCUGGUGUCACUAAGAUCCCCAUAGGUGAUCAACCAGAAGAUAUUGAAACCCAAAUAAGAAACCUCAUAAUCAAGUACAUUGCUAAUCCAAAUUCAAUCAUUCUUGCUGUGACGGCUGCUAAUACUGACAUGGCGACAAGCGAAGCCAUCAAAAUGGCUAAAGAAGUAGAUCCUGAUGGUAGAAGAACAUUAGCUGUUGUUACAAAACUUGAUCUCAUGGAUGCCGGCACUGACGCUAUCGACAUAUUAUGUGGAAGAGUGAUCCCUGUAAAACUGGGCAUUAUCGGCGUUGUAAAUAGAUCUCAGCAGGACAUAAUCGAUAAAAAAUCGAUUACGGACACAUUGAAAGAUGAAGCAACAUACCUCCAAAGAAAGUACCCCACUAUAGCAACAAGAAAUGGCACUCCUUAUUUAGCCAAAACACUAAAUAGGCUUUUGAUGCAUCAUAUUCGGGAUUGCUUGCCCGAACUGAAGGUUCGCGUCAACGUUAUGAUAUCACAGUUCCAAUCUCUACUGAAUUCUUACGGGGAAGAUGUGUCGGACAAAUCCCAAACACUCCUACAAAUAAUUACUAAGUUUGCGAGUGCUUACUGCUCCACAAUAGAAGGAACUGCGAGAAACAUAGAGACCACAGAACUGUGUGGUGGUGCUAGAAUUUGCUACAUAUUUCACGAAACGUUUGGGAGAACACUUGACUCUAUUCAUCCUUUAGUAGGUUUAACUCGAAUGGACAUUCUGACGGCUAUACGAAACGCCACUGGUCCUCGACCCGCGCUGUUCGUGCCCGAGGUCUCGUUCGAACUUCUAGUCAAAAGGCAAAUAAGAAGACUUGAAGACCCGUCGUUGCGAUGCGUCGAAUUGGUGCACGAGGAGAUGCAGCGCAUAGUGCAACACUGCGGCACCGAAGUGCAGCAGGAAAUGCUGCGUUUCCCGCGCUUACACCAACGCAUUGUUGACGUGGUGACACAGUUACUGCGCACGCGUCUGCCCGCCACCAAUUCCAUGGUGGAAAAUCUAGUCGCGAUCGAGCUCGCAUACAUUAACACCAAACACCCCGACUUCCACCGAGAGGCGGCGCUAGUGUCCGGCUUACUGAAAAGCACCGACGGCCUCGAAGAAAACAGCCCCAUCUACCGGCAGAAGACGCCUAGAGCGACUCCCUCGCCGGUAUCCACAAUGUUCAAACAUGUAGCGGCGAUCACCGAUGGUUCCGAGAAUAAAUCACCAACUCAAAACGCCAUUGCAGAGUCUCCAGCUACCCCACAGGUGAAUGGUACACCCGACAAUAAAGUGCUCACACCGCAGAAGCCAGUCAAUCUGCUGCCGGAGGUGCCCAGCCAGACGUCGCGCAAGCUGUCUGAUCGGGAGCAGCACGAUUGUGACGUCAUCGGUGGACGGAGCGACCAACCGACGUAUUGUAACGUUAACGGAAAGACCGUUGAAAGCAUCUCGAUGAUGCGCUUGAACGGAAUGGGUGACCUAGUCGAACGGCUGAUCAAAUCUUACUUCUACAUCGUACGCAAAUCCAUACAAGACUCAGUACCCAAAGCCGUGAUGCACUUCCUAGUGAACUACGUGCAGGACAACUUGCAGUCGGAGCUGGUUACGCAUCUCUAUAAAUCGGACCAGGCUGAGAGUCUGCUCAACGAGUCUGAGCACAUCGCUCAAAGGCGGAAGGAGGCUGCUGAUAUGCUCAAGGCUCUGCAACGCGCGGGACAAAUAAUAAGCGAAAUUCGGGAGACGCAUAUGUGGUGAUGGAAUCCCAAGUGUGAGACUCUAGUCUGUGAAUUAGUGAAUUCGAGCCACCGGCUCUGUACAUACUCUCCUUAACAUAGGCAAAUUAUGUGCAUUAUGCUUAUAUACUUACGAGACUUUACACAGUUAUACCUACAUUUGCUUCUAGCAUAUUUUCUGAAGCUCUCUUAUAAGUAUUAAGCAAUCGGACAUUAUCUGAUUAGGUCAGAUCCCUGAAUUAAGUAAGUGAAUAUCGGAUCAGAUCAGAAAAUGUGGAAGAUAGCAAAUGCUUGUCACUUUUAUUUAUCCAUAGUUUUCAAAUAAUGCACUGCAUGUUUAAAUCGGAAGAUUUUAAAAAGGAGUUCCAUUUUAGUAGAAAUGUAAUUCAGUAGGCAUUUUAAUAGUGUACUUAUAUAGCAAAGUAUCUUUAUGGAUUUUAAAAUAUUGUGCCAGCUUUUGAAUUAGUCAUUGAAUGGGUUAUUGCACAAAUCCGACACCGUCGUCACUUUGUUACCAUGUUCACAGAUUUACAAUAGUAAGGUAGGCUAACGAAGUGUACUCCAUUUUACUAGUAGUUUUAUCCAGUGAUAUUAAUUGUAACCUCACUGUAUCGAUAUUAGUGUUGACCGUGUGUCGCGUAAUGUAUUGUGAACCUAUUUCUCGUUAGCUAUUUUGAUUGCAAGCUUUUUUGCAAACAGGGUUGGAUAUUUAGUUAGUGUUUGUCCAAUGUUUGUGUCUCUAGACUCUAGACGAACAAUUACUCACGGCAAAUUUGACCAUGCAUAGUAUUUUUUAAUUAAAUUAAGUUCCUUCAAAUGAAUUAGUUACGGAUUCCAAAUGCUGUGUUAUUUUAAAUUUGUUUACGGUUUUUUCGAGUCAAUUUGUGUCAUUAUCAGCG